UCAUUCACCAUUUUGUGACUGUAGUGGAAAAGAGACGAGCGAUACUUUUGCGUAUCCUCGUUGGAGUUUGAGUGCGGGGAGCUUGGUGAUGUUUGACUGGGGGGAAAAGUAACUCGCCCCCGGGACUGCAGAGUCCUCCAAGCCGACAGCCUACGGAUGUUAGCGGGUGCCGUGCGGGCUGCCUCAUCCGCAAAAUAAGACCAUAAAUCUUUUUUUUCUUCCCUGCUGAAGAGGAAAAAGCUCCGCUCGGCUCUGCAAUACAGAGAAGAAGCAAAGACGAAGUGCCUUACAGGAGAGAGUGACAGGGAAGAGGAACGCCUUUCAAACCUGCAUUGAAAUAAAAAAUGAGUCCAUUAAAGAAACAACGGGGACGAUCCCCUUCAUCAUCCCGGGGCCGAGGGGCUCGAAGAAGAGCGGGUGCUAAGCCUCCUCAAGAGAAAGACCCCAAAAAAAUAAAGCGGGACUCACCCGGCAAAACCCCACAGAGCACACCCAGCACUUUCUCGAAGCAGAGCUUACCCUUAGUUGGUGACCUUCAUAACGAGCCGAAUACGGACAAUGAUACCCCCAGGAGGGGUGAGGCGAACGGACUGAGGAAACUGGUCGAGUCAGCUGAUAAGGAAGCGCCAAAGACAGUAAAAGAUGUGAUGGCGUGUCGAAGCUCGUCCACCGACUCAGUAGCAUCCCCUACCUCUCCCGCUGCACCACAAAGCACAGCCACGCCACCUCUAGCCGCCAGCCACAACCCCAGCCCGGCCUCGGUGUCUAGCAGAAAAACAGCCACUUUCAAGGCUCGCGUUCCCAAAAAGAAAUACACAUAUGAGCACUUUUCCAACAACUCCACUCCUCCCACCAUCCUUCCUACCUCCAACUCUGCACCCACAGGCAUAACUUCCUGUAAUAGCAACAGCAAAAUCGGUGACAGUGUGAAUCUGACUCUCAAUAAUAUGAAGAACUGCAACAAGGUUAGUCAUAUGAUUAAUAAAAAUACCGAUGCUAGUAUAAACGCUACAAAAAAUGACACAAGCAUGGUCAAUAGCAGUGUAAAAAGCAGAAGCAAUGCGUGCUCAGGUAAUCAGUUAUCAGUUCAACAUGUGACCAGCAAAGCCACAGAAGAUUAUGGGGCCCUCAGGACAGUAGCCCCCCAAGAAAAAAUGUCCCAAGUGGGGGAGGCCGAAUCAGACAGGCCCCCCAACUCGGUGCGCUCCUCCUCCACUGAUACAGCCAGCGAGCACUCGGCUGAUUUGGAAAUGAUAGAAGCAAACGGACCAAGCAAUCUGAACACCCCUGCCCCCUUUCUAAACUUGCCGCCCAAGCGAGUCAACGAUACAGGUGGACCUGCUGAAGCACUUGCUACAGGUUUAAAAAACCAGAGGGUUCUGGCUCGCCAGAUAAGGAGCUUGAUGGAGAGCACUGCCGACACUUCAGGGCAAGUGGGGUUCAAGGAAAGGGUCUCUUACCCAGCUUCUCCGGUGUUCAGACCUGGUGUGGUGAGAGGGGUCAGUGGCAAUACAGUUGAAGUUCAACUUCAAGGAAAGGACAUAAUUAUUAGAUAUCCUUUUGAUGGCAGAACCACGAUGACAGCGUCAGGAUCUGGUAGCAUUGUAGAGAUAGUUUUGGAUGAACCCCCACCUGGCUUGUCACCAGUAGCGGUUAGUACCAGAGUCUGUGUGCCCUAUGGCGGAGAGGAGGGGGGCCCUUUGCUAUACAGAGAGGGGGUUAUCUCUCAGGUGGACCCUCACCCAGGUGUCUCGUUCCCCUACCAGGUAGUCCUGAGUGAAGACGGCGAGACCCUGGGUGGCAUGAAUGGCCGUCAGGAGGGAGACAAAAGUAAAGCUCAGACCGUGUGGGUUUCACGACAGAGUCUGAGACUGCUCACCCCUCCCUGGGAUGUCCCGCACUUGGUGGGUGGGGGGGUGCGGGAAAGAGAGCGGGACAGGGAAAGGGAAGAAAGAGAGUGGAGGGAAGAGAUGGAGGUAGAGAGAGAGGUAUGCCAGUUGAGUAGUGGAAUGGGUGUACUGGGAGUUGGAGCAAGGCUGAGCCAUGGCUUGUCUCAUCAAGGGGUUGCCGCAGGGCUUCCCUAUGGAAAUGUACAUCUGCCUCCUCAUCCCUCCUCCGUUACUUCUAGUGUGGGGCCUACCACGGUCUAUUCAGAUAGAGAGAGACAGAAACAUGUAAAUAUCCCGGAAGAAGAUGUUGAGGUAUCUCGUUUCAAUAUGUCUGCUGCACCCAAGAGCAACUCUACAAUGGUUCAGCAAAGAAAUAUAAUUUCCAAGUCCAGUAGCUACCAACCGUCUUCACCCCACCUCUCUGUGGUGAGGGGUUUGGGUCCCUCUCAUUUCACCACCCUAGCAAGCCCCCAGCUUCCCUCUUCGACUGCCUUACCCAGUUCCGAAAUGAACAAAAGUCAGCAAAAUCUACCUCCAGCCAAGAUCACUCCCACUCAGACCCCAACACCCUUUUCAGCGGGGGGGAUUUCCUCUACCUCUUCGCGCUCCAGGACGCCCCUCUCGUUGGCUCACCAGAAAUACAAGAAGGGCGACGUUGUGUGCACCCAGAACGGUAUACGUAAAAAGUUCAAUGGUAAACAGUGGAGGAGACUCUGCUCCAGGGAGGGCUGCAUGAAAGAAUCUCAGCGUCGUGGCUACUGCUCCAGACACCUGUCGAUGAGGACCAAGGAAAUGGAGGCUGCCGGAGGGACGGAAAGGGUCGGCGGAGGAGGCAGCAGCUCAGGGACUGUGACGCCAUCUGACCUGCGGGGCAGAGCGAGCAGUGAGUUUGAGUGGGAUGAAACAUCCAGGGAGAGCAGCGAGACGAGUAGCAGAGGAGACUCAAGACCACGCUUGCUCCUCCCCUCUGUCUUGCCCCAUGAACUGUCAGCCCGCUUCGACUUUGACGAGUGUGAGGCGGCCACUAUGUUGGUGUCGCUAGGAAGCUCCCGUUCUGGCACACCAUCCUUCUCUCCCAUUUCUAACCAGUCCCCCUUCUCCCCAGCCCCCUCUCCGUCGCCAUCCCCGCUAUUUGGCUUCAGGCCGGCGAACUUCUCCCCGAUUACCGCCUCUCCGGUUCUUCAACACCGGCGGCACAGACAGCCAAGCGGCACGGGGGGAGGAGGGGGAGGGGGCAACAAGGUGACGAACCCAGCCGGGGGAGGAGAGCGGGAGAGACACACUUCAGGCAUCCAGCCGACGUUCCACAGCAACCUCACGUUUACGGUCCCGAUGAGCCCAAGUAAAAGAAAGCCAGACGCACCCCCUCCGCCACCCCUCCCUCUGCACCACCACAAUUACACGCCUAAAACAGAGCUGGAGCAGGGCGACCUCAACAACUCUUUCAGAGUCUUGUCCCCGCAGACACCAGUUUCACAUUCCCACACACCCAGCUUUUCGCGGCCGAGGGGAGCUGCUACCCCUUCCUCGAGCAGGCCCCCAUCGUCCACAGCCACCUCCCCUCCUCCUCUACUAGUGUCCCCGACGCCUCCCUCCCCUCUGACCCCUGACGGAGGGCCUCGUCGCGUGGUCCCUGUUUCCCAGCAGAGCUUGCGGGAUUCCCCCGUCAUUGUGAGAAACCCUGACGUUCCACUGACAAAAUUCAUAGAGUGUCCCGUAGCAAAAGGGAGCGUUAAAGAAGGAGGAGUUGAGCCUCCUUUAACAAAAGAUAAUGGCCUAACCACCUUCACACCUCAACCAAUUUCUGGCCUCCAGGUUCCCGUACCUAUCAAUGCCGCAGCAGCUCCUGUUCCCAAUGGCACCGUUCUUCUCCGAAGUCCAGCACAAACUUUGCUGCUCGUGUCCCCUUCACCCUCUUCUAUACCCACCUCAGACACUCCUGCCCCACUGCAAGCCCUCUCAGUCACUGUCAGCACAACCGUUGCUGCCCCCAUUCCGUGCAGCGUGGACAGCUCUGGGGAACGAGGGGAGACGAGGGUUUUUGAGGGUGAGGUGCAACAACCAGUCCCCUGCCACCCAUCCCCCACGGCGCUGCUUCCUCUGAUCCUGCCCGUGGAGAGUCUUCACCCCACGCCGCGGAAGGACAUCAUUAUGGGACGGCCCGGAACAGUCUGGACCAACGUGGAGCCUCGGUCUGUUCCGGUUUUUCCUUGGCAUUCUUUAGUGCCCUUCCUGGCGCCCACCCAAUCAGAUGCCGCUUCUCAGCCGGGGGAAGGCCAGCAUCCUGUCAGUCACCCUCACGCAGCCACUCUUAAAACCGACUGUCAGGCAGGAGCGGGGCCACCUCCCGAGCCUGCUGAGGCCCCUCAGAUUGUUGAGAGGGGUCCACCAACUCGGCAUGCCACUGCGCCCGAGGAGUCGGAGAGGGAGAAAGUGGACGGGGAGAGGGAAAGGCCUGACAGCGAAACGGAGAGCGACGUGGAUGACCCCUUCCUCCCUGGCGUUGUGCCAGAGCAGCCCCUCUCUACCUCCCCAGUGAAGCGACGUACCCAGUCCCUCAGCGCGCUGCCCAAAGAUGGGGACAAGAGCAGCCCUGGAAAGCGUGAGAAAGACCACAUCCGGCGGCCGAUGAACGCUUUUAUGAUUUUCAGCAAGCGGCAUCGAGCCUUGGUACACCAGCGGCACCCCAACCAGGACAACAGGACUGUCAGCAAGAUUCUGGGCGAGUGGUGGUAUGCCCUUGGACCUAAAGAAAAACAGAAAUACCACGACUUAGCCUUCCAGGUAAAAGAGGCUCAUUUCAAGGCUCACCCUGACUGGAAAUGGUGCAACAAAGACAGGAAGAAGUCCAGCUCUGAAGGUCGUGGCAUCCCCGGAGGCAAAGAUAUCCGUGAGAGGAGCAUGUCUGAGUCUACAGAGCCACAUUCCGUAGAGAUGAAAGGUGUAGUAGGUCCGUGUCUGGUGGGCAUGUCUGAGAGGAGUCAGACAGCGGAGGGUCACAUGAGCCAACUGACGCGACCUAGAGCCUUCUCGCAAAGUGCCGUGCACAGCAUGGAGAGGGGCGACAGGGGCAAUACACAAGCCCUGGCUGAACUGGCUCAGAUGUGUGGGGAUAGAGGCGGGCAGUUUUCCAGCCACACUACAACCCUUUCGCAGUCCCAGCGGGGUGUCAGUGAGGACAUGACCAGCGACGAGGAGCGCAUGGUCAUCUGUGAGGAAGAGGGUGACGAUGACGUCAUAGAGGACCCUUAUCCCAGCGCCUCCAUUGACCUCAAGUGCAAGGAGCGGGUGACAGACAGCGACAGUGAAAGAGGUUCUGGCGACGAGAGCGCUCAAAAGCGAGUCUUCGCCCCUGUCAUCUGCUCCACGGCGUCUUCGUCACAUCAUGGCAGGAGCGUGUCCCUCUCCUCCUUUCCAGCCGGCAAACGCUAUGACGAGGGAAGAUCAGGGUUUUUUUCUGACCCAAGGAAGAGGGGAGAGGGAGAUGUCAAAGACUCUAUCGGGGGUGAGGCGGCAGCAUUGAACCCCUCAUCUGUCUCCCUCUCCUGCAGCCAGUCGGUUAUCUCCGCAUCUGCUUCGCAUCUUGGCAUUGGUGCCGUGCGAGUGGCCUCCACGGUAUUGACUAACGUGAUGAGGCCUGUCAUCAGCACACCGCUUCCCAUCGUCAGCAAACCCCGAGACGGCGCGGCAUCGUCCAGCCCACACCCGCCCGAGAGGAAACCACUGACGCUGCAGCAGCCGCAACUUCUGAUCGGCUCAGGACCAGGAGGCGGUGCCACGUCAGUACCAAGCGGUUACUCCUCUUCCCCGUCACCAAGUCCCGUAGGUGCAGGGGUGGUGACUAAUUUAGUACUGGGAGGCUCUCUGUCAGGGCAGCCCGCAGUGCAGCUAAUCACCCCGCCCCCACAGCCACAGCCCCCAUCUUCCAACAGCCACUCCAAUGGUCCCAUACCUCUACCACUGCUCCAGCCUCAGUUCCUCCCCACCUCCUCCCUAGCGCCCCCUGGAGGUAAGGCCAUCACGCAGGUCCAGUACAUUCUACCCACCCUCCCCGCUAAUCCAAAGAGCCCGCCACAGCAGCUCUGCCAGCCUACCAGUAUCUUCAACUUGCCCGCAGCUCCGCCCACGCACGCGCCCUUGGCCAAUGGGAAACAACAGGGUCAUAGUUCACUCGUGUGUUAUUCGUCCAGCCCAGGAACAAGAGUGCAAACACAGUCGCCAGUGCUCCAGGGUAAAAUGGUCGUCCCCAUGGCGACGGUACGCACGGCACCGGGUCCCGCCCAGCAGUUUCCUAUUGUGGCCCCGCCUCUUCCUGUUCAGAACGGCGCUCCGGCAGGGAGCAAGAUCAUCCAGAUCGCACCCAUGCCUGUGGUCCAGUCGCAGUUGCCUCAGGGAGGGGCGAUCCACUCGGUCAGCCCCUUCCCAGUGACAGUGGCCACAGCUGCGGUUGUUGCUCCUGGGCCUGCGGCCCCCUCACAGGCUGUUCUCCUGCCGCCUCCAACCACCAGGAUCACUUAUGUGCAGUCCACUCCAGGGGUGCCAUCCUCACUGCCAGUAGUGUCCACAACAAAUUCAUCUUCGUCCUCCUGCACCUCUCAGCAAGGGCUACCUCCUCCCAGCUCCGCAUAUGUGCCGCCUUCCCUGGCCACCCUCGGUUUCACUACCAUCCCCCAGCCUGGGCAGACGCUGGUUCAGCCGCUGAUUGCCGGUCAAGCGCCUCUCCUGGCCGCAGCCCCGUCUCCACAGCCCCCCAACUCAGCCCCCAGCCAGAUCGUCACUGCCGUCUACCCGCCCUCACAGAGUGUUACCAUGGCGACAGGGGCGAUCUCCAUGGCGGCCAUGUCACCUAGCGCGACCGUCUACUCCGUCUCCAGCCCCUCCAGCGCUUCCGGCCAGUUCAUGGCCAAACACUCUUCACCGGCUACUGUUGCGGUCAAGCAGCCUCAUCCGGAACAUCACCAGCCGCCUGCGGACAGAGCUGGCGAUAGACAGGCUGAGAGGCAGACGGAGGUGCCUGUGCAGCCUGAACGUCAGGUGCAGUGCUCCAUUGGUAGCGGCUCAGCAGCACCUCCUGGUGGAACCACUAUUGCUGCAAGGCCCUGCAGUCCUCCGCUUCAAAUCCAACCGCCUGGUAUGCCUCUCACAUUAGGACGUACUAUAGGUGCUAAAAGUACUACUAGUACAGCCAGUACAUCCGCCAUACUCAAGCUUAGCCAGCUCCCGAGCCGACCCCCUCAAAAAGUGAAAGCCACUCUGGCCAGCAUACCUGUUGGCAACUACGAGUCAGGGGGUCGCGGGAAAGAACGUGAAAAGGAGCGGGAGAAGGAAAGGGAAAGGGAAGCCUCGGUCGCCGCUUCCAACAGCCACUUUUCUUUUGACGUGGAACCCACAGGACCCACGACUGCUUCCCCUGCUUCACAUUCGGCAGAGGAGCCUCCGUCCUCCGACGGCACAGCAGAAACCACCAGAGAGGCCGAAUGGAAGGAAUCCCUUCCAUCGUCUCCUCUUCCACCUCCAUUAGCCACUGAGCCCCCUCUGCCGCCCCCUCACACCGACAAAGACGGGCCAGCGCCAAAGAAGAUCAAAGCCCGCCCUCCACCACUAAAGAAGACGUUUGACUCUGUGGACAAGUCGGGAAGGGUGCUGUCGGAGGUCUACUUCGAGGAGCGCUUCGCCGAGCUGCCUGAGUUUCGGCCCGAGGAGGUCUUGCCGUCGCCCACGCUGCAGAGCCUCGCUACGUCGCCACGUGCCAUUCUGGGAAGCUAUCGUCGCAAAAGGAAGAAUUCAACCGACUUGGACUCGGCCACUGAUGAUCAAGUGUCUCCAAAAAGGAAGAGUCGGCGGCGCUCCAGCUGCAGCUCAGAGCCCAACACGCCUAAAAGCGCCGCCAAGUGCGAGGGCGACAUCUUCACUUUCGACCGACCAGGCACCGAUGGCGAGGACAUCCUAGCCGAGCUGGAGUUUGACAAAGUGCCGUACUCAUCCUUGCGGCGGACGUUGGACCAGAGAAGGGCACUGGUCAUGCAGCUGUUCCAAGAACAGCAAGGCUUCUUUCCAUCAGCUCAAGCCACAGCCGCCUUCCAGACCAGGUACUCGGACAUAUUUCCCACCAAGGUGUGUCUGCAACUGAAAAUCAGGGAGGUCCGACAGAAGAUCAUGCAGACGGCCACCCCGGCCGACGCCGCCUGUCUCGCCGUUCCCAUAGACUCCUUGCCAGGACCUUCCGGCGCCCAGUCGGGGGACGGACCCGGGAGAGAGGACGAGGACACUGAACCAGGGACCGAGGACGAUCCCGGAGACUCACAGGACUCUUCCAGAUGAGGAUUUUUGGCCACAACGUGGACUCGUAUUCCCAUUUUAGGAAGGUCGGUUGGAUGUCUGUUUAGAACGAGAACCAAAAAUAGGGUAACCGUAUCAAGAUCCUGGGAUAUCGGACUACCCGAUACGCUCCCAUAAGUGUUUGGAAAGACCAAAUGUGUUCAUCGGCUUUAAAAAAAGACAAGAACCCACUUUUUUUUUUCCAUUGGUUUGAGGGAAACAUCUGAAUUUUUUUCCCCUUGUCGUGCUGACAUUCUGGGGGGCUGGGACCCUCAAGACUAUUUUUUUCCAUCCCUAAACUGUAUUAACCACCUGCACGGUCAGUCGUUUUUCCCUCAUUUUGUGGCUGACAGACCACUUCCAGAGAGCUCUUAAAAAGAAAAACGACCGCAGAUUGGACAAAAAGUGGACAUCUGGCUGUGCCAACAUUCCCGCUAGACCCUGCGUCAUCGUCUGAAGAAAGCAAACAUUCCCGUGCCUCGGAUUGGUUACACGUGAAGGAAGGAGGUUGGUCCAUAGUGGCCAUUUUACAACUUUUUUUUGACAAGUUUACUUUUAUCAGCUUUCAUUUUUAAGUAUCUUGAAUUUUAACGUUGUGUUGGUUCAUUCUCUGACUUUUAUUAUUCCUUACAUCUCUCCUGGAAUUUUUGGAGGCAUGUAUUGUUCACUUCCUCUGUGCUUUGUCUUCCCUUUGACAAACUAGUCUUUUUUUUUUUUUUUUUUUUUU